AUGCGCGCGCAGCAUACUACUCACCCGCUUCCCGCGUUUCCAGUGUAUUCAUGUGCGUUCGUAGCCCCCGACCAAAUGGUCGUCGGAGGUGGAGGCGGCGCUGCCAAGACUGGAAUUAAGAACAAAUUGAGGUUAUUCAAUAUCUCCCAAGACAGACAACUUAAAAUGCUCUGUGAGCAUGAGCUGGAGAAAGGCGAGGACGCCCCUAUGAGUAUUUCAGCUCACCCAGAGAGCAGAAGCUUUGUCUGUGGAAUCAAUAGUUCCGAAGAAUGCUUAAAGAGGGGUGAAAACGAGAACUGCAGGGUAUUUUCAAUUAACGAUUCUGGAAACACCCUAAUCAAAGGAGCUACGCGAGGUACAUUGCCCUCGGGAGCGCUUGAAGACUACCAGCGUGUGACCGUCAUAUCACCGGAUGGAAAACUCCUGGCAGUGGCCGGCGAACGUGAUUUGUCUCUUCUCUCAUUUCCUUCUCUUUCUCCUGUCGUCCAGUCUGUCCAAGUGCCAAAAGGUGAAAUUUACGAUGUGACAUUCUCAUCGACACACCUUGUACUAGCCACUAGUCUGAAUCUAUUAGUAUACGCGCUUCCAAAGCCACCUUCAGAAGAUAGUGAUGAGAAAACACCAAAGAAGAAAAAGAGCAAACAAAAAGGUAAAGGAAAGGAGAAGGAAGUGCAUUCAAGGACACCGAGCCAGACUCCUGAACUGCGGCUUGUGGACACGAUUGAUGUUCCUUCGGUCCCUGGCGCUCCUGCACAGUCCGUUGUAACAUUUCGAGCAGCGCGCUUUCACCCUUCAGACUUCAGCACGUUGUUUACGGCCGUCAAUACUGCCGCGCCUCGCGCGAAGAAAUCCAAGAUGGCCAAAAUGCAGGCUUACAUAUUGAAAUGGAGAGUCGACCUAAAUGGGGAGCAGAAAUCUGCUCGGCCCAUAUCAAUGGAGGGCUCCCGCAAAGCGGGUGAAGGUGGCCUGACGUGUUUUGACGUUAGUCCCAAUGGGAAGUUCCUUGCUUUUGGUUCAUCAGACUAUUCGCUGGGAAUGCUGGACAGCACCACUCUAAGCCCACUCUUGUCUAUACUCAAAGCGCACGAGUUCCCUAUAACCACUGUUCGUUUUAGCCCUACCUCAACGAUGCUCGUAUCCGGUGGUGUAGACAACUCGAUACGGAUUGUUACUGUACCAGAGAAGUUUGCUGGCCAACCAUGGACCAUGAUUAUUUUGAUUAUCCUGGCCCUUCUUGCCAUAUUGGUGGCAUUUUUAUUGCAAAAGUAGGAGUUAUGGUUAUGUUACUAUUGGAACGUUUAUUGCAGCGGUUGGCCUAUGGACCUUAUAGCAUAUAUAUUAGAGUAGGCUACAAUACAUGUUCAAAGCACUUCUCGACCGUCGCAGGAAAACCUAAUAAGAGUCUUCAAGUCUCUAGUCAUAGUCAUCUUCCUCAACAAGUUUUCGCUUCACACCGUUCGUUUGCGUGUCUCCUGUAGUCUGCACCUCCUCCAUUGCGUCGUCACCUGAAUUAUCGUCGUCAUCAUCACCCUCUCCGCCAAAUAGACCGUCCGCUUCUUCCGCGUCGCUAUUUUCUUCAAGUGCUUCUGCUGCGACGACGGGUAAAGGUGUGCUAGCACCGAUGUCAACGUCGGUUGGUGUUAUGGGAGCUGCAUUGGUGUAUGGUAUGGCAGCGGGCUCCAUAUCAGCAUCCUCAUCAUCGUCCUGACCGUCUGGUAGGUC